AUGAGGAGCCCUUGGGUUGAAGAAGGCACCCAGACAAGUCCGCCCUCCGCUCGCCAUGGACAUGCAGAGGUCGCUUUCGCCCAUAUGAGGGAGACAGCCUAUGAGAUGCAGCUUGUUGCUGAGCUACUUCCCCAAUGGCAGGACGAGGCAAGACGACUGUGGCCUGGUUCGCGUGCCAACCAGUACCUCGACGUUAUCGCACAUAGCGUUGGUCGGCGGGCGGCUAGCCCUGCCAUCAGCGCGAUCGAGUAUAUGGAGCUCCUGGAGCAGCCAGACGUGGCCCAGUACCUUCGCACAGAUCAGAAGUGCAGGAAUGCGUAUGUGAUCGACACCAGCGAAGCACUCCGCCCGUGCCUGCAAGCAUCUCCGCCCCUGAUGCCGAUCGUCGUUCGUGACUACGUCGUCGGCGUGUUAGAGUAUCGCCAAUUCCUCCUGAAUAAGCCAAAGGUGGAGGUGCACGAUCUAGGGCUCAAGGUUCCUGCUAACGGACCUCCUCGAACCACCCACAUCAAGCCCGGCAAACUAUUCAAGCGGAUGGACAAGGCUGGUAAUGCUCCAGUGAACUUUCUGAACCUGGCGGGCAUCGCCCCCAAUCCUGUUCCUAGGGCAUUGGACGGACUUCACGACUACGACAUUCCCUGGAACAUCCGAGAAUAUGACGAGGCCGGCAAGGCCGCGAAGGAACGGGUGAGGGACCUAACCAACGGUACCCGCUUUACGUUGUAUUCGACCAACAAGUUAGUCCACCUGGCCCACCGAGAUAAAGGUGGGGUCAUCACUGCUGUUCGAGUCCACCACGGGAAGAAGUUGUGGAUUCUAUACCCCUACCUAGCGCCCGAUGACAUAUCAGAAUGGCAGCAAUCCGAUGAGCCUACCCCCAAACCGAAUCCAAUCGCUCUGGUGCCGAAGCCAGGAGACACAUUGAUUAUGCCUCAAGGCCAAUUCCACGAGGUCAUGUCGCUGGAGGAAUCUUUGCUCACGGGCAUCAAGAUAUGGGAUUCCCGGACCCUAGUGCACGUUUGUAAAGCCAUUUUGGAAGAGCACACGCUUCCGGGGAUCACCAAUAAAGACCUGGAGUAUGAGUGUCUUGAGAAGCUCCGCGUGUGUGAGGGUGAAUGAGCGAGGACAUUGAAGCAGGGUGGCGGGUACUGGACAUUUAGUGAUCAAGCGGCACUGCGGCAGUUUUCCAAGUUGCUCAGGCAAGUGCGAAGCAUCGCUCCGACAAAAGCGUCGAGCCAAGAUCCAUCGGCAUUGGAAUCGGAAUCGAUAC